AUGUUCUCCGCCGACUAUCCUCCAUCGCCCACCCCGUCCGAAGCAGACAUGGAUGCUAUGACUGCGCAUGUCGAAAACAGGCCCUAUCAUGAGGCUUUCAUGCGCGAGGCUAUCAACAUGGCCGAGCUGGCACUUGCCUCUGAUGAGACGCCUGUUGGUUGUGUAUUUGUUCAUGAUGGCAAAGUCAUCGCCCAGGGCAUGAACGGCACCAACGUUACCAUGAAUGAGACGGACCUGUAUGUCACUGUUGAGCCAUGCAUCAUGUGUGCCUCCGUGCUGCGCCAGUUCCGCAUCCGCGCCGUCUACUUUGGCUGCCUCAACGACCGCUUCGGUGGCUGUGGUGGACCUCCAUACAAGAUCUACGGCGGCAUCUACAGAGCCGAGGCCAUCAUGCUACUUCGCCGCUUCUACGUUCAGGAGAACGAGAAAGCCCCCGAGCCCAAGCAGAAGAAGAACAGAGAGCUCAAGACCGACAUCAUGCCCCUGGUCAACAUGAAGAACCCUGAAGGUUGA